AUGUCGAGAGUCGCAGCUGGACUUUGGCAAAACCUUGUUGCUGUCCAGGUGUACGGGGCGAAUACAGGUGUUGGGAAAACGGUCGUCUCAACGCUCAUUGGACGCCAUUUUACUGGGAGAUCUGGGAGGACAAGAUGGAGCGUCCACUACAUCAAACCCGUCCAGACAGGGCCUAAUGAAGACGCUGACGAUAGAUACGUUGCUAGAUACGCAGGACAUAGCACCUCUACAUUAGUCAAAUUCCCUGAUCCCGUGAGCCCCCAUCUCGCCGCUCGUGGCGCAGCGGAAAUAGUCAGUGCCCUUCUAUUACUCGAAGCUCACGCACGCUCCCUAUCCAUGGGAAGGGGCUCUAUGGGCGUUACGAUAGUAGAGACCGCUGGAGGAGUUCUAAGUCCCGGGCCAUCUGGUACCCCGCAAGCUGACCUCUUUCGACCGCUCCGUCUCCCUGUUAUUUUAGUGGGUGACAAUCGGCUUGGGGGCAUUGCCUCAACCAUAUCAGCCUACGAGUCGCUCCUGAUUCGUGGAUAUGAUGUUGACGCUAUCGCUUGCUUCGAUAGUGGAAAACUGGGUAAUUCCGAAUAUCUGGAAAAGCAUUUCAAGGACAUGGGAAUCCCUCUCUUUGAAUUACCGUUAAUUCCAGAUGUUGAUGGAUGUUCCAGACAGGAAGAAGUUGGGAAGAUGAUGUCCUACUAUGAAACGGAAAGCAGGAAUGGAACUAUGUACAAGUUGGGUAAGCAAAUUCUAGAUUGCCACAUAGAGCGCUUAAAAGAUAUGAAGGAGCUCGCAAGCUGGACGAAGAAAGCGAUAUGGCAUCCCUUCACACAGCAUAAAAGCAUCCAGAAAGCGGAUGAGGUUUUGGUCUUCGAUUCUGCCUACGGCGAUUGGUUUCAGACGAAACACACACAGAAGUCUAUGGAAAAUGUCAAAGAAAAAGCUGCGUCUCCGAUGCUUUAUCCAACGUUCGAUGGAUCUGCUUCCUGGUGGACUCAAGGUCUUGGGCAUGGAAACCCACGACUGUCUAUGGCUGCUGCCUACGCGGCUGGACGAUAUGGACAUAUUAUGUUCGCCGGAGCUACCCACAAACCAGCCAUAUCCCUCGCCAAGCGUCUGUUAGAGAGGAUGGAAAACCCUCGCCUGACCAAGGUUUUCUUCACAGACAACGGCAGCACAGGAAUUGAGGUCGGUAUCAAGAUGGCCCUUAGAGCUGCUUGCAAGCGUUACGGUUGGGACGGCUCGACAGAGCAGGUCGGGGUCCUGGGUCUCAAAGGCAGCUAUCACGGCGAUACAUUAGGUGCAAUGGAGGCAUCGGAGCCCUCUGUGUACAACAAGAAAGUUGAUUGGUACCGGGGUCGCGGAUACUGGUUUGAGUAUCCGGAAGUCAAGAUGAGGAAAGGGAGAUGGGUCGUGGAACCUCCUGCUGGUAUGGAAGAAGAAUUCGGGCCGGCACAAUACUUCCAAGACCUGAAUGAGAUCUUCGAUUACGAAGCCCGGGGCCAUUCAGCCCGUUAUGAGGAUUACAUCGAACGUGUCCUGGACGCUCUCGUGCGAACGCAGGGUAAAAAAUUUGGCGCUCUUGUCAUGGAGCCUGUGUUGCUUGGGGCUGGAGGGAUGAUAUUUGUCGAUCCGCUAUUCCAACAAAGCCUUGUCAGAGUGGCUCGCAGGUAUCAAUUUGGCUCGACGCCCAGCCCAGUCGAGGAUGAGCAGAGUUGGACCGGCCUACCAGUCGUGUUCGAUGAGGUUUUCACCGGCCUCUACCGCCUCGGGCGGUUCAGUGCUGCCUCAUUCCUUCAAGUCGAUCCUGACAUCUCCGUGCAUGCGAAGCUGCUCACUGGCGGCCUGCUUCCGUUAUGUACGACCCUAGCAAGCAACUCCAUCUUUGAAGCGUUUUGGGGUGAUGAGAAAUCCGAUGCGCUCUUGCAUGGCCAUAGUUACACGGCACAUCCGAUUGGUUGCCACGUUGCUAACACCUCCCUCGAUGAGAUGCGAGUAAUAUCGCGCGGCUACACAUGGAACAAUUAUCGUGAAUCGUGGGCAGGCAAGAAAGAGAAGGAGCAGGGCGAGCUAGUCCAAUUCGUAGGGAAAGUUAUGCAACGAAAGAAGGUUCUAGCAUGGAGUAUGUGGUCUCAAGAUUUUGUUGAGAAGAUUUCGAACCACAAUCGCGUGGAUAGUGUUGUUGCUCUUGGUUCGGUGCUCGCCAUUUCAUUAGUUGAUUCUUCGAAAUCGGGUUACUCCUCGAAUGCUGCAGCCGGCCUUCGUGACAGCAUGCUCAACGACCUAACUGACGACAAAUUUGCUGUCCAUUCACGGGUACUUGGGAACGUACUUUAUCUAAUGGCGAGCAUGACAUCCAGAAGAAAUCAUUUAGGCACAGUCGAGCGUGUGCUCUGGGCAAAACUAGGCUGAGGACGAUUAAACGUACACAGUAAGAUGCACGCCUUCUGGAUUUGCGGAACUGCACAACAGACUCUAGCGUAAACAAUGACAUGAAAAAGGAACUUUGGGUCAAAUUUUAUUGCAUUAGGGGUAGGGAUGGGGAUGCUCCGGCCCAAAUACCACAAUACAGAAUACAGGAGAAAAGGAAAAUCAGAUGUGAUGUGGCAACCAGCUUGCCAGACUUCCAAUGUGUGUGAUUGAUCGACUCAACAAAAGAGCCCAAAACUCCGUCAAUGUAUGUAUGAUCCCCCAUUUAAGCCACACCAAAGGGUCAUUUCCGAAAAGUGUCCCGAAGAAAGGCAAGAGCGUCCGUAAUAUGGUCAUUAAGCAUGUCGAUCGUGUCGUCCAGCGUUAAUCUUGUUAAUGACUCUAC